AUGGCAGGAAGUGUUGCAGUCAAAAAGCAAGAGAACUUGUUGACCGAAGAGCAGCAAUCCAUUUUGAACCAAACGACGGCCGAUAUUGACCGAUUGCAGCAAGAUAUUACAACGCUCGCCAAUCCUCUCGUAUCCAAGGCAACUGACAGUUGGUCCAAGCAUGUUACACCGAGUACGCUUUCCGUUUUUCACGAGGAUGGUCAUUGGGAAAGGAUAUCAGAGAAAGCAGAGGCCAGUCUCUUGAAACGUACAUACAAAUCCCCUGAUGCUACUUCUUGGUCGGCGAUGAUGGGUUCCUUGGGUGACGAUGAAUCCGACACUGUAUCCGACGAGCCCCUUUCUCCCACUGUGACACAACUCGAUGUCAAUGACAGGAAGACAUAUGGGACAAUGACAAUGGAAGAGGACGUGAUUAUCGUCACUUGCAAAUCAUGUCAUCGACCCAUUCUUAUGAGUGCGUUUCAGCAACAUUCUGAGUCAUGCGGUGCAGGUGUCAAGAAGCCACGAGCAUUGACAACUUCUGAACAAGCCAAUCUAGCCAAAGGGAUCUUUUCGGAUGAAGAAGACGAGGACGUAUCAAAGCAAACAAACGACUCUCACAAAAAGGGUACCACUGUGAAGCAUGAGCCUGAGGUACAAGACAUUGCAUCAGCCAAGCGUCCUCCAUCCAGUGACAAAAAGAAAAGCAAAAAGGAAAAGCAAAAGCAAAAGGCUGCUCCAAAACCCAAGCCACCGUUGGAUUUGGAUAAGCAGUGUGGUGUGCUUCAGGGACCCAACAACACACCAUGUACUCGAUCAUUGACAUGCAAAAGUCAUUCUAUGGGAGCCAAGCGUGCUGUUGCCGGGCGUUCACAACCCUAUGAUCUUCUUCUUGCUGCAUAUCAAAAAAAGGCGAUUGGACGUCCUCAAACGGGUGCAACAACCGAUCGAAAGGGUACAAGUGUUGUAUCAAUUAAAGCUGGAAAAUCAGGUGGCAAGCGACAUGCUGGUGAUAUGAGCAACGGCAGUAGCAGCGAUAUAGCGGCGGCGGCAGCAGGACAAGAGGAACAAUGCGUCAACUCGGAUGAGGAAUUAGAAAAUGUGCUUGAUGCCAUGCGACAUAGCCGACCCACCCCUUUGGCCCAGAAAUCGUUUUAUUUUGUAAAGAGGCGACGACAAUGUUAUCGACUCCAUGACAUUUUGCUUGAUACCAUUACUCCCAAAAACAAUUCCCAGCUUGACCGGCUACACAGUAACACCACCAACAUGUUCCAUCCUCGUCAUCCGCAACAGACAACAUCAUUACGAUCGGUGAAUAAUACAGCCGUAUCAGCAUCAGCAUCGGCAAGUGGUGUACGUGCUGCAGCAGCAGGUCAACAAAAUGAAUUAGCGCUCCCCACAUUGAUUAGGAUCCCAGGUCUUGCCGGUGGAGGGGCCAUGCGCGCUUCAGGGGCUAUGAAUGGUGGUGUUUUGCGUGACACUAGAUAG